AUGUUCCGGACUCUCGUCGCCUCAGAUGCAAAUGGGCUAAUGUUGACCAACGUUGGUCAACCACCAACCAUGGACCUCAGGAAUCUCGUCGCAUUUCUUUCCCUUGCGUCGACAGGGAUAGCUCAGAAAUGUUAUUGGCCGAACGGAAGCACCGCCGACAAUCUCCUCGCCUGCUCAGCCGGUCCAGACCCAGCGUACUCACCUUGCUGCUUCGAAGGGCAUUACGGGCUGUCAAAUGGGCUGUGCUUUAACCCACAGGGCAUGACUAUGUACCGGGCGGGCUGCACCGACAAGACUUUCAACUCACAAUCAUGCGCCUCGUAUUUGGGUGGUUCGCAAUCUGGUGUCUGGACAUGUGGCGACAACAAGUUCGCUUGCACGCCGCUUACGUGCAAUUCGGCCAACUUCACGGUGCCAGACUCGAAGAUACUGAGAAAUGCCGCACUACUAUUGGAUAUCGGACAACCCUCCACCACGACUGCCGCCACGACAGCGGGAGGAACUGCGACAGGAUCCGUGGCGACACACUCUGUGACAAGCUCUGCGAUGUCGAUAGCGGAACAAUGUGACGCGGCGGCUGGUGGUGUGUCUGCGGCGGGGGCUGUCGGUGUUGGCGUGGGAAUUGGGGCGCCUUUGACGCUUGCCACAGUUGGGCUCAUGGCGAUGUUUCUACGGGAGAGACGCAUAAGGAUGGCCAACGAAAGGCCCGGAACAGAUUCCAAGCUGCCCGGAGUUUGA